UGGGCCGGGCUCUCUUCAGGGAAAGUGGGCGUGGCCUAGGAGGAAAUCGGCAGAGACGCGCUCGAGGUCCUUGCUGCGAGAACGCCCUCUGCGCGGUAAAGGCGAGCGCGCCAUGCCGCCCUCCGCGCCCCGCCGAGCCCUUGUCCUCCUGCUGCCGCCCCUGCUGUGGCUGCCGGUCGUGCUGCCCGUGCCCAUCGAGCGGGCCGCCGCCAACCAGGAGCCGAGCCCCGCCACCGAGAGCCCGGACACCGGCCUGUACUACCACCGGUACCUCCAGGAGGUCAUCAAUGUGCUGGAGACAGAUGGGCACUUCCGGGAGAAGCUGCAGGCCGCCAAUGCUGAGGACAUCAAGAGCGGAAAGCUGAGCAGAGAGCUGGACUUCGUCAGCCACCACGUCCGUACCAAGCUGGAUGAGCUCAAGCGACAGGAGGUGUCACGGCUGCGGAUGCUGCUCAAAGCAAAGAUGGACGCCAAGCAGGAGCCCAGUGAGCAGGAUGUGCAGGUGGAUCACCUGAAUCUCCUGAAGCAGUUUGAACACCUGGACCCUCAGAACCAGCACACAUUCGAGGCCCGAGACCUGGAGCUGCUGAUCCAGACGGCUACCCGGGACCUCGCGCAGUACGAUGCGGCCCAUCACGAGGAGUUUAAACGCUAUGAGAUGCUCAAGGAACAUGAGAGACGCCAGUACCUGGAGUCCCUGGGAGAGGAACAGCGGAAAGAGGCAGAACGGAAGCUGGAAGAGCAGCAGCGCCGGCACCGGGAGCACCCCAAAGUCAAUGUGCCUGGCAGCCAAGCGCAGCUGAAGGAGGUGUGGGAAGAACUGGAUGGAUUGGACCCCAACAGGUUUAACCCCAAGACCUUCUUCAUCCUGCAUGAUAUCAACAGCGAUGGGGUCCUGGAUGAGCAGGAGCUGGAGGCCCUCUUCACCAAGGAGCUGGAGAAGGUGUAUGACCCAAAGAACGAGGAGGACGACAUGCGGGAGAUGGAGGAGGAGCGGCUGCGCAUGCGGGAGCACGUGAUGAAGAAUGUGGACACCAACCAGGACCGCCUCGUGACCCUGGAGGAGUUCCUAGCGUCCACCCAGAGGAAGGAGUUCGGGGACACCGGGGAGGGAUGGGAGACUGUGGAAAUGCACCCCGCGUACACGGAGGAGGAGCUGAGGCGCUUCGAGGAGGAGCUGGCCGCCCGCGAGGCCGAGCUGAAGGCCCAGGCCCAGCGCCUCAGCCGGGAGACCGAGGCCCUCGGGCGGUCACAGGACCAGCUGGUGGCCCAGAGGCGGGAGCUGCAGCAGGCCGUUCUGCAAAUGGAGCAGAGGAAGCAGCAGCAGCAGCAGCAGGACCAGAACCCGCCCCCCGCCAACCCCGAGGGCCAGCUCAAGUUCCACCCAGACACAGAUGAUGUUCCCGUCCCAGCUCCAGCCGGUGACCAGAAGGAUGCGCAAGCUUCUGAAAAGAAGGCUCCAGAGCCGCUGCCCUCCUUGCCUCAGCUGGAUUCCCAGCACCUCUGACCCGCGGGGCCCUGUGCUCCGAGUCCCUCCUGGAUGAAGUGUCACCGUCAGCCUUCUCUGAGCGGCCACACGCGUGGCCUCUGGAGGAGGAGACACAGUGACAUCCACACGUUGCUGCUCAGACCCGCGUCUGCCCCUCUCUUCCAGUCUCGGCGUCCACAGCUCUCAGUCGUGGGCCUGUCUCUCCAUCCCCUCCGGAGCGCCCGCCCCCUCCCACACGGCCUGCUCUCAGCCGCUUCAUCUGGUCUCUCGGCUGCCCUGUGGCCCGCAGCGAGUUGUGCCUGGCGCUCGAGCUCAGCUCCUGAUGGUUUGGGGAAGCUGGGGUGGGUCCUCGGGACCUUCUGCUACCUGCUCUGGGCCAGCAGUGCUGCUGUGUCCCCUCCCUGGAGGCUAAGGCCGAGGUCCUUUUUUUUUUAAGGCCAAGGUUCUUGUUGUGACCCGGCAGGGCCAUCUGGCUUCUGGCCACCUCAUCACCAGCCUCUUCCCCACCCUGGCCACUGCAGAAGGCCCUGGAGUCGGCCCAGGCGGCCCUGCUGACCUCCGCUUGCCCUGCUGUGUGCCCCGCUCUGUGCUGCAGUUCCACCUAAAUACACGUCGGGAACAGA